GACGGUUCUUUGUUGCAUUUAAUGCCACCUAAUUUCACUAAUUUGAAGGUGGAGGAUUUGUUGUAAAUUUUCAGAAAGUUUUACUUUGGAAACUUGAAUGCAUACUCUUUAUCUGCUCCCUCUGAUCUCAUUUCAAAGGUGAGAAGCACAUUUUUUGCAGGGGAUGCUGCUGGUGUGAAUGGGCUGAUCCAGUGAUCGCAGGUAUAGUGGCUGGAGGAGGGAGCAAGGGCCGCACAGAGCGGAGAAGUUCCCAGCUGCCCGGGACUGUUUUGUUGUGUAAAACCUUUGUUUAAAUUGUGAAUCAGCACUGGUGGAAGUAUGUGUAUGGAGUGAAAGCCCUGCAGUUUUUUCUUUCGUGAUUUCAUCCAUCAGCAGCAUCGUGCGCGUGGGUGCGCCUGCUUGACCCGCAGUCGCCUCAUCUCUGUCGGAUCAUGUGGAUUAUUUUUAUUAUUCUGACAGCGACGGGUGCUGAUGGGAGCUGGGGAUGUCAGCUGCCCCACGACUGGAGACCGCAGACAGAAGCGUGCCGUGCCGAGCUGGCGCAGAUCAUAGUCUAUGCCAAGGUGUUGGCGCUGCACAAGGAGUCUUACAAUGUGUACAACUACCUACCGUCCGACAGCGACCUGCUUUUCUCCGCCGAGAUUGAGCUGCUGUGUGACCAGGCGUGGGGCAGCAUGCUGGAGGUCCCUGCUGGCUCCAGGUUCAAUGUCACCGGCCUGGGCUACUUCACCUGCUUCUCCUACAGUGUCCUCAAAAACAACAAUUACUACUUCUUUCUAAGGAUGGACGAGAACUAUAAUAUUAUACCCCAUGGAGUGAACUUCCAGGACCCCAUCUUCCCGGACACUGCAGAGAACCACCGCAUAUUUGCCAGCCUCUUCCAGUUUGCCAACUGCACGACUGGGACCCAGGUCCACAGCUACACCCCGGAGUGGGAGGCUCAGGAGGACAGCCGGUUGUUGUGCUCUGCGGUGCAGAAGGCCCUUUUUGAGGAGGAGGAGAGGGCCUGGGUUCUCUCCCAGAAGGUGCGCUCCUUGGAGAAAGCCAACGACCACCUGAGGGAAAAAGUGAAGACCAUGAAACGUCUGCUGCGCCAGGCCCAACGUGAGACAACGAAAGAGCAGCAGACCCUCAGCCACAAACAGCUCUACGAGUCAAAGGCGCCCCAAGCUCACCCCGAUCAGGACACGACUCAGGAUCAGAGGAAGCAGCCGCUAAAAAAGGUCCUGUCCAGGACACUAAAAAACUAGAGUGGAGAUCAAAUUAGGGUAACACGGUGGACGGUGGACGGCUGAACUAACUUUUACUUCAUUGCAUUCUCCAUGUCUUCAACUUCAUUAAUAAGCUUAUUUUAAAACCAAAUUUGGCCCUUUUGUUGGUCCAGUUUAAUCUUAAUGGUAAAAUUGACCUGUGCCAUUGAGACUGUCACCUACAAAGAGACCAUUCAUGCUAUUUACACCCCUAUCCCUAUACUUCUAAGUACUCUGUGUGUGUGUGUGUGUGUGUGUGUGUGUGUGUGUGUGUGUGUGUGUGUGUGUGUGUGUGUGUGUGUAUGUUGGGAGGGCAGGGCUCACUUGACCUACUUUGUGUCCCCAGAUGAACUAAAGUGAAGGAUUAACGCCCUCUGAGAUAAAGGAUUCAAAUGGUUUCACAGGAGUAAAAGAUCUUUGUCUAAAUCUCCUCAACUCUUAUUUCACCCCAUUAAUCCAAUAUGAUUGUUCUCCCCGAAUAACUGUGGGUUAACAUCCCAACUUUUACUUUUGUCUUUUAUUAGUUUAAUUCAGUGGCAGCACAAACGUUUUCCAAACAUCAGACAGAGCUCUCAGCGGGCGGAUGCACUGUUGAACAAUAUGUGGACAAUGUCAAAGCAUUAAAAAAAAUGGAUUAUCUUGUUUCUUUCUGUGCUGGACACAUUAUGCAUUGUAUAGAUAUUAGACAUUGUUUCUUACUUCAGAAAUGCUAUCAUCAAAAUCAAUCUGUCUUUUGGGGCUCGGCUCUUGGACGGGGUGAUGAACAUGUCUUGUCUUUUUUGUAAUGUCCUGACUGUGUAUAUGAGCGCAUAGUUACAGAGGAGCAGCUGUGCCAAAGUUUAAAAAGCCGCAAGGCCUAACAUUACGUCAUCAUUCUUUUCUACCGCUGCCUGCUUUUCAUUUACUUGCAUCUAUUUAUACCAAAGAAACUAUCCUAAAGUGUAUGAUUCUUUAAAUUCAGUGAAUUGUUUCCCAAGAGUGCCUUUUCCCCCCAAAGCUCUUCCUUUAUGCCAGUCUGUUCAUACACGUUGCACUGAAUGAAAGUGUAAGUUUUUUAUUUGAAAACAGGGUGCUGAGCACUCAUUAAGGAAUACUUCGCCAACAAAACUAUCAUUGGUAUAUCAGUUACUCACUUUUACUUUGAAUUCAUAAAGAAAACUCACAUGCCUCCAGGGUCAAUAAAGAAUCCAAAAACGGAGAACGUUUUUAAUGAACUGAAGUCAACAGGGGCCGUGUUUAACAGCAAAGCUAUAUCCAUCCAUCCAUCCAUCCAUUUUCAUUCGCUUAUCCGGGGCAGGGUUGCGGGGGCAGUAGGCCAAGCAAAGCACCCCAGACGUCCCUCUUCCCAGCAACAUUUUCCAGGUCCUCCUGGGGGACCCGAGGCAUUCCCAGGCCAGAUGCGAUAUGUAAUCCUUUCAGCGUGUUCUGGGUCUGCUUCCCACCAGUGGGACGUGCCCGGAACACCUCUAACUGGAGGCGCCCAGGAGGCAUCCUGAUCCUGACACAAAGGAGCAGCGGCUCUGCUCCGAGCUCCGCCCAGAUGUCAGAGUUCCUUACCCCAUCUCUAAGGCUGAGCCCAGCCACUCCACAAAGGAAACUCAUCUCGGCCACUUGAAUCCUCUGUCUCAUUCUUUCGGUCACUACCCAAGCUCAUGACCAUAGGUGAGUUUGGGGAUAUAGAUGGACCAGUAAAUCAAAAGCUUUGCCUUCUGGCUCAGCUCCCUCUUCACCACAAUCAUCCGGAGCAGCACCCACAUCACUGCAGAACUAUAUCAACACAUCAAACUCUCACACAACUCAUGUAGUAUAAUCCAAGUCUCAUUUAUCUAGUUGUAUGCUCAAUACUUCCCAGACACAUGCAGUUUCACUUAAACCAUAUUUAAAACACUUGCACACGAGCACCUGGGCAAGUGCGCGUGUGUUUAAACUCUGCUGGUGAAUUCAGUUGAGUUUCCCAGGCGUGCCCUGCGUGAGACUGUUUAUGCCUAAGUGUUUUUAUAAACUAACAUCUUACUUAAAAUGCACGUGUUUGGGAAGAACUGAGCAAACAACUGGAUAAAAGAGACUUGGAUUAUACUGCAUGAGUUGUGUGAGAGUUUGUAAACAGAUGAUCUGAUAUUCGCUGUUGUUGCGGCCUCCUAUGACUCCAAUUCAACAAGAAUUUUCUCAGUUUUUGGAUUGUUCACCGUUAAAGGCUUCAGGAAAAUCUACGAAUAUUUCGUAAAUUGAACGCAACAUAGGGUGAGUAACUGAUAUACAAAUGGUCAUUUUGUGGGUGAAGUAUUCCUUUAAGUCCAGCCAGUGAGCCUGGCGAGGUACAGGAUUGGCUUUUUCUGUGUCAGAAAUGAAAGUUCUGCAUUUAUUGUACUUUCUUCAUUUGCUUUUAUUAUUAUUUUUGCUUUCUCUAAACUAUAAACACAUGGUUUGCUUUGCCAAUAGCAUAAUCAUUUGUGUAACAGUUAUUGUAGCUUUUUAUAAAUAAAUGAACUUUUACAAAA